UUUCCCCUAAUUAAUCAUGCUUCAACACAGGAUGAACUGAGGAGAUAACUACAUACUAUACGUACGUACUGGCCAAAUAUACCUAGAAACUCCUCUGCAUAUAGUAUAUCGUGCUGGUCUACAAGAAAUCAUCAUCACCAAUUCACCAUGCCGAAGAUGGCAAGGUCGACGGGGAGGACGUCCAAGCUCGUUUGCACCCUUCUUCUGCUGUCCCUGCUGCUUACCUGCCUGUUCCAGCAGGCGAGAGGCCAUGGCGGCAUCGACCACGGCGACGGCGAGGACGACGACAGCGGCCACGGCGACGGAGACGCCGCCGCCGUGGACCGGUCCGUGCUCCGUUCCAGGGGCCUGAUCGCCGUGAAGGUGUGGUGCCUGGUGAUCCUGCUGGUGUUCACCUUCCUGGGCGGCGUGUCCCCCUACUUCUACCGCUGGAACGAGGCCUUCCUGCUCCUCGGCACCCAGUUCGCCGCCGGUAUCUUCCUCGGCACGGCGCUCAUGCACUUCCUCGCCGGCUCCACCUCCACCUUCAACGCCCUCACCCACAGCCCCUACCCCUUCUCCUUCAUGCUCGCCUGCGCCGGCUUCCUCCUCACCAUGCUCAGCGACGUCGCCAUCGUCGCCGUGGCCAGCAGGCAGAGGGUCAACCGCGCGGCGCCCCUCCAAAAGGAGGCGGAGGAGGAGGGUGAGAUGGCAUCGUCGGCGGUGGCGGAGCAUCCGCACCCGAUGCUCAUGACGGCGACGUCGUCGUUCGAGGACGCCAUCCUCCUCAUCUUCGCGCUCUGCUUCCACUCCAUCUUCGAGGGGAUCGCCAUAGGCGUCUCAGCAACGAAGGGAGAGGCGUGGAGGAACCUAUGGACGAUCGGGCUCCACAAGAUCUUUGCGGCGGUUGCCAUGGGCAUCGCGCUCCUCCGGAUGAUCCCCAAGCGCCCGUUCCUCAUGACGGUGCUCUACUCACUGGCGUUCGCCGUGUCGAGCCCGGUCGGGGUAGGCAUUGGAAUCGCCAUUGACGCCACGGCGGAGGGCCGGGCGGCGGACUGGACAUACGCCAUCUCCAUGGGGAUCGCCACGGGGGUCUUCAUCUAUGUCGCCAUCAACCACCUCAUGGCCAAGGGGUACCACCCGCACCAACCAAACUACUUCGACAAGCCCAUCUUCAAGUUCUUCGGUGUGCUCACUGGCAUAGCUGUCAUGUCUGUCGUCAUGAUAUGGGACUGAUUUUAUCCAUCCGUUAAAUCAAGACGGUGCUUUGAUUUGAUUAUUCACAUGCACAGUGUGCUUAAUUUCAUUUGGGUAUUGGGUGGGGCAUUGUACACAUAACACUUAUCUGAUUUGAUUAUAAUUGGUACAUGUUUGGAUUGUUUCUGUGAAUGUGUGAUCAUUCGGAAAAUGAGAUGAUGAAUAAUAAGUUACAAUUGUUUUUGAUUA